AGGCUGCAGGUCCUAAUGUGGAGACGGAGCAGAACUUGCGUUGAGCACGUGCCUGUGUUGCCAUGGGUUCACCCCCCUUGUUCCUGCUCCUCCUGGGCCUGACCCCUAUGCUCCUCCUGACUGUUCAUACCCUCCACACGUCCGCCCCUCCCCUGGCUCCUCCCCCCUCCUGUGGGCCGGGCCAGUCCUGGGCCGUCCGGUUGCACACAGACUCAGAGCUGCUGGAGGCUGAAGGCACCAGCCUGCACGAGCUGGCCAGCAGGGUGGCUGAGCAGGCAGGCCUGGAGAACAGGGGCCAGAUAGGGCAGCUGGAGGGCCAUUACCUGUUCUGUGCCGGGUCCGAGGAGGAGGGCAGGCCGGGGGACGUGCUGGCAGCCCACCCUCAUGUGCUCUGGCACUCCCAGGAGCAUGUCCUCAGCCGCUCCAAGAGGGCAAUGGCCUUCAACGACCCCAGAUACCCCUUACAGUGGCACCUGGUGAGAAUUAGGCGUAAUUUGUCUUCUUUUAUUUGUCUUCAGAACUGUUUCAUAGCAAAGCAACAUUUAGAUAUACUUACUGCACAUUUUAGCCUAUAGAAUAUUCAGAUAUGUAAGAAUGCACAGUACUUUUUUAACUGAGUCGGCUAUAUGCCACGUUUAUUUUCAUUCCUCAUUUGCUAACGAACAAUGUCUUCGACUCUAACCUGUCACUUCCCCGCUCUUCUCCUCCUCCAUCCACUCUUUCUUCCUCCUCUCCACCCACCCGCAGCACAACGAUGUCAGGCCGGGCAUGGACAUCAAUGUGACUGGUGUAUGGGAGCGCAACAUCACAGGGACAGGGGUGACAGUGGUGGUCGUGGACGAUGGGGUUCAGCACACCCUCCAGGAUAUUCAGCGAAACUAUGUGAGUUUCAUGCUGGCCACAUCUAGGCCUAUUUCCUUUUAAGCUUUUUGCCAUUAAAAGGCAUAAGCUAACGCACACCACAAAAUAUUUUGUAGAGGUUCUGACUAACGGAGAGUAAACUAUAAAAAGAAAGAAAGUAAGUUGUGUACUGUAAUUAUGCUCCCAAAUAUUUCAUGGGUAUCGCAACCAACGUUCCCGCACGCACUGCCUUCUUCAGGGUUAGGGUUCAAUGCUCUGAAGAAGGCACUGUGUGCCAAAACGUUGGUUGCUAUACCCAUAAAAUAUUUGGGAGCAUAAUUUCUUUCUUUUUAAAGCUUUUUGCUUUUGUCAUUAUGUAGUAUGUUCUUUUCCAAAUUCACAUGCUUUAGUCUUCCCAAAUACAAAUGUUCUUGUGCUUCAUUCUGUCCCUUUAGAGUCCAGAGGGCAGUUAUGACUUGAACUCCAACGACCCAGACCCCAUGCCCCACCCGGACGCCCGCAGUGACAACCACCACGGCACGCGCUGCGCCGGGGAGAUCGCUGCUGUCUCCAACAACAGCUUCUGCGCUGUGGGCGUGGCCUAUGGCAGUAAAGUGGCAGGUACGUUGUGUGUUUGGAAAGCUUGGUUAUUGUGACGGGGUUGUAUUCAUUAGUGCAAACCGUAGCAAAUAGUUUUGCACGGAAAAUGAACAUUUGUGUUGCUUAUUGGACAAGAUCAGGUAGUCCCUCCCUAUUUGUCAGUUUUCUUUAGUUUGGUGCCUAGGGGGGAAUUCAGACCCAAGUUACCCGUGCAUAAAUGGAAGUUUAUUCCCUUUUUAUGCACUUUUCUCUCAACGAGUAUUCUGAUCUUGAACUUGAGCAUUAGGAAACGCAUGUGACAGCCAGCUAAACGCUUGGGGUGGGUAUCAUAGAAAUUGAGGUGGCAGAGGUGUACGCCGUAUUCUGACCUUGACUUAAUUCCCUCAUAGCUCCACCACCGUUACGCGCAAGGAACCCAUGAAUAAGGUAGAGCACCUGUCGGUUCCAAGUGGAAAAACAUCAACUAUUUCCGAUAUAAAUAAUACCAUUCUCCAUGCAUGGUAAUGUAUAAAUUGAUAAGCGCUAGAUAAAUGAGUAAUCCGUUUGAAGAAGGGGAUUGUAAUUGCAAAUAGCAAUUGUUUUAGAUUAUUGCUAGAGACUGUGAAACCAGUCAUAGAAGCAAACUGAAAAUAAAAUCAACAUGACAUGUAUUUAGGCCCCUUUUACAGUGCAUUCGGAAAGUAUUCAGACCCCUUGACUUUUUCCACAUUUUGUUACGUUACAGCCUUAUUCUAAAAUGUAUUAAAUUGUUUUCCCCCCUUAUCAAUCUACACACAAUACCCCAUAAUGACAAAGCAAAAACAGGUUUUUAGAAAGGUUUGCUAAAAAAAAAGAAAAAGAAAUAUCACAUUUACAUAAGUAUUCAGACCCUUUACUCAGUACUUUGUUGAAGCACCUUUGGCAUCGAUUACAGCCUCGAGUCUUCUUGAGUAUAACGCUACAAGCUUGGGACACCUGUAUUUGGGGAGUUUCUCCCAUUCUUCUCUGCAGAUCCUCUUAAGCUCUGUCAGGUUGGAUAGGGAGCAUCGCUGCACAGCUAUUUUCAGGUCUCUCCAGAGAUGUACGGUUGGGUUCAAGUCCGGGCUCAGGCUGGGCCACUCAAGGACAUUCAGAGACUUGUCGUGAAGCCACUCCUGCAUUGUCUUGGCUGUGUGCUUAGGAUCGUUGUCCUGUUGGAAGGUGAACCUUCGCCCCAGUCUGAGGUCCUGAGCACUCUGGAGCAGGUUUUCAUCAAGGAUCUCUCUGUACUUUGCUCCGUUCAUCUUUCCCUCGAUCCUGACUAGUCUCCCAAUCCCUGCCGCUGAAAAACAUCCCCACAGCAUGAUGCUGCCACCACCAUGCUUCACCGUAGGGAUGGUGCCAGGUUUCCUCCAGACGUGACGCUUGGCAUUCAGGCCAAAGAGUUCAAUCUUGGUUUCAUCAGACCAGAGCAUCUUGUUUCUCAUGGUCUGAGAGUAAUUUAGGUGCCCUUUGGCAUACUCCAAGCAGGCUGUCAUAUGCCUUUUACUGAGGAGUGUCUUACGUCUGGCCACUCUACCAUAAAGGCCUGAUUGAUGGAGUGCUGCAGAGAGGGUUGUCCUUCUGGAAGGUUCUCCCAUCUCCACAGAGGAACUGUGGAGCUCUGUCAGAGUGACCAUCGGGUUCUUAGUCACCUCCCUGACCAAGGCCCUUCUCCCCCGAUUGCUCAGUUUGGCCUGGCGGCCAGCUCUAGUCUUGGUGGUUCCAAACUUCUUCCAUUUAAGAAUGAUGGAGGCCACUGUGUUCUUGGGGACCUUCAAUGCUGCAGAAAUGUUUUGGUACACUUCCCCAGAUCUGUGCCUCGACACAAUCCUGUCUUGGAGCUCUACGGACAAUUCCUUCAACCUGAUGGCUUGGUUUUUGCUCUGACAUGCACUGUCAACUGUGGGACCUUAUAAGACAGGUGUGUGCCUUUCCAAAUCAUGUCCAAUCAAUUGAAUUUACCACAGGUGGACUCCAAUCAAGUUGUAGAAACUUGUAGAAACUUAUCUAAGAGGAUCAAUGGAAACAGGAUGCACCUGAGCUCAAUUUCAAGUCUCAUAGCAAAGGGUCUGAAUACUUAUGUGAAUAAGUUAUUUCUGUUUUUUAUUUGUAAUACAUUUGCAAAAAUGUCUAAAAACCUGUUUUCGCUUUGUCAUUAUGGGGUAUUGAUGAGGAUUUAUUUUAUUCAUUUUAGAAUAAGGCUGUAAAGUAACAAAAUGUGGUAAAAGUCAAGGGGUCUGAAUACUUUCCGAAUGCACUGUAUACAGUGAAGUAGGCUAUAAUUAGCUUUGCCGUUCGUCAUAAUUUGCGUGGAUGAAAUUUGGAGACCCAAGCUAUAGGCUUCUGUAGCACCAAACCUACCGAGUUGAUUUAUGCGCUCUAGAAUGUUUUAAUUAUAUGCACAGGCUAUUCUCAGUUUUUCUUUAAUUUGUAUCAUGCUAAAUAUUAGCCACUAUCGGUAGCCACUGUCAGUAAUUCCCACAUACAUUUAUAACUGCCAUUUUAGUGUUAGUUUCCUUCAAUUUGUAGCCUACAUUUUUCAUCAUUCCAUUCAGUUCCGUUUACCAUUCUUUCCUCUGUCAUGUCCGUGUAGUUGUUUCUGAGCAUUGCUAGCAAUAGUGGAACAUAUUAGGCUAACGUUGUGCAGUAAUUUGGGACAUGUUAGCCUAUUAUUUCAAUCAUUAUGGAACUCAUACCACACACAGUUUGAGCCUGGUGCACAGUUCACAAUGACUGGAUCGUUGUCAUACAGUUCCAUGAUUAGUAGGGUAGGUUUAUAGGACUAUUGGUCAACUCCUGUUAUACACUUUUCUCACCUUCCAAUAUUUUAUGGAUUGAACAAUUUGAAUAUGGCAACUUUCAGGAUGAAUCAAACCAUAUAUUUUGUACGUAAAGGGUCUCCAAACCUGUUUUUUUAUGAUUCAUAAAUACUUUUCUAAGCCUAAAUUUUCUACAAUAUUAGAGUAUUUUAAAAUCGACCAAUUGUUGCUUUCUUUUAUUGAUCCCUAAUAUUCGGAACCCUUUCUCUCUAUAUGUUAUAUUGUCAGUCGAGAAAAUUCAAAUUAAAGGUACACAGUAUUUUAAAGGGAUGGCUUUAGAUACAUGUACUGAAAACCCCAUUGAAUGAAAACUCCAUGAGGAAAUCUGUUGGCCAGCAAGUGGGAGGGUUUUCAGCAGUUUCAGUAAAUGUAUUCAGUGAGCAUAAUGGAGCCACUCCCAAAGAGCUCAUUUCGCACCUGCAUAAGGUAAGUCUGAAUACCAAAUACUGAGAAGUGCUUAAAUCAAAACGUGUAGGAAAGGCAUACAUUUCCUAAGUCUGAAUCGGGCCCCUAGUGAAUACAACUCUGGUCUCGUCAGGUGCUGAGGAAAAUAUCAUGGCCCUAGUUAUGUAGAUGGUGCUAUGAAAUUCUUAUGUUUUGAAGUCCUUUCUUCACGUCAUGUUUUGUCUGUUCAGGUAUCAGAGUCCUGGAUGGGCCGCUCACAGACAGUAUGGAGGCAGUGGCUUUCAACAAGCACUACCAGAUCAACGAUGUCUACAGCUGCAGGUACAACCGUGUACAGCUCAGCCUCACAUGACUCUGAACAUGCUUGGUUUGCUUAUAAUCUCAGCAUAAAGCAAACUACUAACAGGAAUAUACAGCCAACCACAGCUCUAUGCAUGGUUAUAAAGAUAUGCCCUUCUCUCUCUCUAGACUUUUCCCACGGUGCUCUUCAGUGGCUAUAGGAAAAAUGUGUCUCAACUGUCCUCUCCUCUUUCCUCCUCCUCCUCAGUUGGGGUCCUGAUGAUGAUGGCCGCACUGUCGAUGGACCACACCCCUUGGGCAAGGUUAGCGUGGAUACAACAUGCGUUACUCCACACAACCCAUUUCUAACACGUAUUGCCAGUCCUAGUCUCUUUAUAGAAAUGCAUUAUGAAAAUGCAUUUCUGCACCACUCUUCUGUACCAGCAGAGGGCAGUAUACUGUUGCACUACAGGGCACAGUUUGUGUGAAAAAAGAGAAAGCACAUCCCUUACACACAUGCAUGCACAUAGACACACACACACACACACACACACACACACACUCUGACUCGAGACAGAGUGUCUGGCUUUUUCUGGUCAUGUUCGUUGCCUAGGUGUUCCUCACUCCCUGAAUGGCUUUGGCAGGCACUGUGGAAAUGAAUCAGAACUACCAAAUCCCCCCAGCCAGUCCUCAUGGUCUAAUAGAAAGGCAUGAUAGCUGCGGCUUCCAGCUUUUCACAAACCUAAGAAUGGAGGUAUACACACAUAGUGAUCAUAUAAUUAUAUGAUUAUAGUGACAUACACUGAGUACACAAACAUUAGAAACACCUCAGAACAGUCUCGUUGGGGCAUGGACUCUACAGCUGUUGAAAGCAUUCCACAGGGAUGCUGGCCCAUGUUGACGCCAAUGCUUCCCACAGUUGUGUCAAGUUGACAGGAUGUCCUUUGGGUGGUGGACCAUUAUUGAUACACACAGGAAACUGUUGAGCGUGAAAAACCCAGCAGCGUUGCAGUUCUUGACACAAACCGGUGUGUCUGGCAGCUACUACCAUACCCUGUUCAAAGGCACUUCAAUAUUUUGUCUUGCCCAUUCACCCACUGAAUGAUACACAUGCACAAUCCAUGUCUCAAGGCUUAUAAAUAUUUUUUUUUACCGGUCUCCUCCCCUUCAUCUACACUGAUUUGAAGUGGAUUUAACAAGUGACAGCAAUAAGGGAUCAUAGCUUUCAGCUGGAUUCACCUGGUCAGUCUAUAUCAUGGAAGGAGCAGGUGUUCUUGAUGUUUUCUAUACUCAAUAUUGAAUAUUCAGGUAUGACUAGGCCUGUGAAUGCUGCUCACCAAUGAGGAGCCUUGUUAACCAUUUUAAAAUGUUGCUAUAUACUCUGGUUGGCUGUAUUAGUCUACAAGAAGUUACUAGGUGUGACUAACUGAAGCGAAUGUUUCCUUGUUUUGCCGGAAGGCGGCGCUGCAGCACGGAGUUAUUGCUGGCAGAAGGGGCUUCGGCAGUAUCUUUGUCGUCGCCAGUGGCAACGGGGGCCAAUACAAGGACAACUGCAACUACGAUGGCUAUGCUAACUCAAUCUACACUGUUACCAUUGGUAAGUGAAUAGGAGCAAUGUUAUAUGUCUCUGUGUCUGUGUGUUGAGUGUUUCUAAUCGUGUGUAUGUGUGUCUCUUGUAGGAGCAGUAAAUGAGGAAGGGAAGAUGCCCUUCUAUGCUGAGGAGUGUGCCUCCAUGCUGGCUGUCACCUUCAGCAGUGGGGCCAGAUCGCUACGCAGUAUUGUGAGUCUGUACUGAUAGUAACACACACACCAUUUAGGGCGUUUUCACACAUAGUUCUGAGCUAUAGUUCGAAUCAGAGUUAUUUGUUACAUUGUAUUUUUUUCAUUUGGUCUGUUUGGUUUCAUAUCGCCAAAUGUCAAACAAACUAUAAUUGUUAUUUGUCUAUUGGAGAAAAAUGCUCUAUGAUUAUCAACAAGCAUAACUUGUGUAUCCCAAAUGUAAUAUUUAUUUUGCUUUAGUCUUCCAACAACAUGCGGGACUAAACAGCGCAAUAGCCACUCUAACUCUGACCUGAAUAGGCUAUAUUCCAUAGCCUAUAUCCCCGGUAUAGCCCCCCUCUCCCCUAAUCUGCAUCGGAUGCGCUCAUAAAUGCGCUGCUACUCACAGAAUGUUUCAGAUAUACCAAGUUAUGGUACUGCGUGCAUUUCAUUUCAUUAAAUGCUCGCAGUCAAACAGCCAAUAAUACUGCGCACCUCUGGUGCUUUUCCUGUGUUUGGUCUGGACUGCAUUCUCACCUGCAGUGAACUGCACCAUGGUACGAAUGGAAUCCCCCUUACAAAGACUGGUUGCGCCUUGGCCCUUAAGACAUACACACACUUUCUCAGUUCUGCCUGACUUUGUUGUCCUUAAGCCAUUUUGCCACAACUUUGGGAGUAUGCUUGGGGUCAUUGUCCAUUUUGAAGACCCAUUUGCUACCAAGCUUUAACUUCCCGACUGAUGUCUUGAGAUGUUGCUUCAAUAUAACCACAUAACUUUCCUUCCUCAUGAUGCCAUCUAUUUUGUGAAGUGCACCAGUCCCUCCUGCAGCAAAGCACCCCCACAGCAUGAUGCUGCCACUCCCGUUCUUCACGUUUGGGAUGGUGUUCUUCGGCUUGCAAGCAGCCCCCUUUUUCCUCCAAACAUAACGAUGGUCAUUAUGGCCAAACAGUUCUAUUUUUGUUUCAUCAGACCAGAGGACAUUUCUCCAAAAAGUAUGAUCUUUGUCCCCAUGUGCAGUUGCAAACCGUAGUCAGGCUUUUUUAUGGUAGUUUUGGAGCAGUGGCUUCUUCCAUGCUGAGCGGCCUUUCAGGUUAUGUCGAUAUAGGACUUGUUUUACUGUGGAUAUAGAUAAUUCUGUACCUGUUUCCUCCAGCAUCUUCACAAGGUCCUUUGCUGUUGUUCUGGGAUUGAUUUGCACUUUUCACACCCAAGUACGUUCAUCUCUAGGAGACAGAACGCAUCUCCAUCCUGAGUGGUAUGACGGCUGCGUGGUCCCAUGGUGUUAAUACUUGCGUACUAUUGUUUGUACAGAUGAACGUGGUACCUUCAGGCGUUUGGAUAUUGUUCCCAAGGAAGAACCAGACUUGUGGAGGUCUACAAUUUUCUUUCUGAGGUCUUGGCUGAUUUCUUUUGAUUUUCCCAUGAUGUCAAGCAAAUAGGCACUGAGUUUGAAGGUAGGCCUUGAAAUACAUCCACAGGUACACCUCCAAUUGACUCAAAUUAUGUCAAUUAGCCUAUCAGAAGCUUCUAAAGCCAUCAUUUUCUGGAAUUUUCCAAGCUGUUUAAAGGCACAGUCAACUUAGUGUAUGUAAACUUCUGACCCCAACUGUAGAUUGAUGAGAAAGUUAGACAGUCGGAUAAUAACAGAUGAUACUGUACUGUGCCAGACAUCUUUGAAUGAAGCAGAGAAGAGAACACAUUGAUGGCUAGUGAGUUAAAGGAAAACUCCACCCAAAAACUAUCUUUUGGUAUUUGUUUCAUUAGUCCAUUGUUGAUAUAGUCCCAGAAUAUGUUGCAUGUCAGCAAUAAAGUUUUCAAGAUGCAUAACUUUCAAAAUACAGAAAUAAAGCCAGUAUGAUGCAUUUUGCAUCAUAUGAAGCUGCGUUUUGAGCGUGGGCAAAGGAGAGGGUUUUAGGAAGGUAGAGAGGAGAGCUGUCAGGCAAAGCUCUCUGUUUGCUGCUGUUUGUUGCCAUCUCCUGGGUAACAUGGUUUGGCCGGGUGAUGUAAGCCCUGGGUCAAAACCCUCAACUGGCAUCCGUGACUUCCUGAAAAGCCAAAUCCACCACUAAACACCAGGCCAAGUGGUGUUAGGGCUAGAGCUGUUCUACGCUGUCGCACGAGUGCGCUGCACAUACUGGGUGUGUCCCAAAUGGCACCCUAUUCCCUAUAUAGUGCACUACCUUUGACCAGUAGUGCACUAUACAUGGAACAGGGUGCCAUUUGGGAUGCAGCCACUGCAUCCACCCACCAGCCAACCACCUCUAGCUGCCAUGUGCUAUGCUACAGUGCUACCACUGCUAUGUACCAUUCCCUCAUCACAUUCACAACACAUGGGUCCCAUUUGAUGUUGAGCAGUGCUGAAGUCUGUGAGCUCUCUCCUCCGCUCUGUGCUUUCAUGGCUUUGACAGCUGCUUUAAAUGAGAGAAGGCGUUCUAGUUAACAUAUGUCUGUGGAUUCUUCCUCCGUCGCUUUCCCUCCAUAGCAGAGAGCCUGUAGUACUCCUGUCAGACUGUCUGUCCUCUCUCCUCUCUUGUGUCCAACCAGGCCUGUCGUCACCUAUGAUCAAACACCCCUAGCUGUGUGUCUGUGUCACCAACGCUCCAGAGAGGACCCAUACUCAUGUGAAAGACAAGCUGUUUAGACAGCACUGUCUGCAUGGUCUGGAUCUGUACUGCAUGGUCUGGAUCUGUACUGCAUGGUCUGGAUCUGUACUACAUGGUCUGGAUCUGUACUACAUGGUCUGGAUCUGUACUGCAUGGUCUGGAUCUGUACUGCAUGGUCUGGAUCUGUACUGCAUGGUCUGGAUCUGUACUGCAUGGUCUGGAUCUGUACUGCAUGGUCUGGAUCUGUACUGCAUGGUCUGGAUCUGUACUGCAUGGUCUGGAUCUGUACUGCAUGGUCUGGAUCUGUACUGCAUGGUCUGGAUCUGUACUACAUGGUCUGGAUCUGUACUGCAUGGUCUGGAUCUGUACUACAUGGUCUGGAUCUGUACUGCAUGGUCUGGAUCUGUACUGCAUGGUCUGGAUCUGUACUGCAUGGUCUGGAUCUGUACUACAUGGUCUGGAUCUGUACUGCAUGGUCUGGAUCUGUACUGCAUGGUCUGGAUCUGUACUGCAUGGUCUGGAUCUGUACUAUGGUCUGGAUCUGUACUGCAUGGUCUGGAUCUGUACUGCAUGGUCUGGAUCUGUACUACAUGGUCUGGAUCUGUACUGCAUGGUCUGGAUCUGUACUGCAUGGUCUGGAUCUGUACUGCAUGGUCUGGAUCUGUACUGCAUGGUCUGGAUCUGUACUGCAUGGUCUGGAUCUGUACUGCAUGGUCUGGAUCUGUACUGCAUGGUCUGGAUCUGUACUGCAUGGUCUGGAUCUGUACUGCAUGGUCUGGAUCUGUACUGCAUGGUCUGGAUCUGUACUACAUGGUCUGGAUCUGUAUUAUAUGGCUACGUCCCAAAUGGCACCCUAUUGCCUUUUAUAGCAUGUUUAUCCGUUACCUCUCUUCCCACCUCGCAGAGAUCAUGUUUACCAGUGAAUUCAUCAGCAGCCCCUUUCUCUCUGCCGUCUCCCUGUCCCUGUGUUCCUAUACAUUUCUCUCUCUCCCUCCACUUCUCUCCCCUCCUUCACCCGUUCCUGUCUGUCUGUUUUAGCACUUCUCUCUACUUUUUCUCCUCCUUCAGCCCCUCUAUCUCCAACUCUAUCCAUUUUUUCUGGCUUUUCCCUCUUUUCCUCCCUAGUCAUUGCAUAGCUCCUUACCACUGACUGUUUGUAAUAGUGUGAGAGGGUGUGUUGUCUGCACACAUGUUUAUGACUCUUCUGUGUGUGUGUGUGUGUGUGUGUGUGUACUGUGUAGGUGACGUCAGACUGGUCACUGCAGCAGGGCACGGGCUGUACUGACGGGCACACGGGCACCUCGGCGGCGGCACCCCUGGCGGCUGGCAUGGUGGCUCUGAUGCUGCAGGUCCGGCCCUGUCUCACCUGGAGAGACGUGCAGCACAUCAUCACCUACACAGCCACACAGGUACAAUAUACAUGACAACAGAGUGACAUCACCUACACAGGUACAAUAUACAUGACAACAGAGUGACAUCACCUACACAGGUACAAAUACAUGACAACAGAGUGACAUCACCUACACAGGUACAAUAUACAUGACAACAGAGUGACAUCACCUACACAGGUACAAUAUACAUGACAACAUAGUGACAUCACCUACACAGGUACAAUAUACAUGACAACAGAGUGACAUCACCUACACAGGUACAAUAUACAUGACAACAGAGUGACAUCACCUACAUGCCCUCUCAAGCACACUUCACGGUCAUGCAGACAUAUACAGUGAGCUCCAAAAGUAUUAGGACAGUGACACAUUUUUUGUUGUUUUGGCUCGGUACUCCAGCACUUUGGAUUUGAAAUGAUACAGUGACUAUGAGGUUAAUUGCUUUAAUUUAAGGGUAUUUUCAUCCAUAUCGGGUGAACCAUUUAGAAAUUACAGCAAUUUCCCCCCAUUUUAGGGGACAAAAAGUAUCAGGACAAAUUAACUUACACUGAGUGUACAAAACAUUAAGAACACCUGCUCUUUCCAUGACAGACUGACCAAGUGAAUCCAGAUGAAACCUAUGAUCCCUUAAUGAUGUCACCUGUUAAAUCCACGUCAAUCAGUGUAGGUGAAGGGCAGGAGACAGGUUAAAGAAGGAUUUUUAAGCCAUGAGACAAUUGAGACAUGGAUUGUGUAUGUGUGCCAUUCAGAGGGUGAAUGGGCAAGACAAAAUAUUGAAGUGCCUUUGAACGGGGUAUGGUAGUAGGGGUCAGGUGUACCGGUUUGUGUCAAGAACUGCAACUCUGCUGGGUUUUUCACACUCAACAGUUUCCCGUGUGUAUCAAGAAUGGUCCAUCACCCAAAGGACAUCCAGCCAACUUCACACAACUGUGGGAAGCAUUGGAGUCAACAUGGGCCAGCAUCCAUGUGGAACGCUUUCGACACCUUGUAGAGUCCAUGCCUUGAUGAAUUGAGGCUGUUCUGAGGGCAAAAGGGGGAGGGGGUGCAACUCAAUAAUAGGAAGGUGUUCCUAAUGUUUGGUGUACUCAGUGUAUAGGUGUAUUAAAGUAGUAAAAAGUGAAGUAUUUGGCCCCAUAUUCAUAGCACGGUGUCACUACAUCAAGCUUGUGACUCUACACAUUUGUUGGAUUCAUUUGCAGUUUGUUUUGAUUGUGUUUCAGAUUAUUUUGUGCCCAAUAGAAAUGAAUGGUAAAUAAUGUAUUGUGUCAUUUUAGAGUCACUUUUAUUGUAAAUAAGAAUAGAAUAUGUUUCUAAACACUUCUACAUUAAUGUGGAUUCUAACAUGAUUACAGAUAAUCCUGAAUGAAUCGUGAAUAAUGAUGAGUGAGAAAGUUAUAGGCACCAAGAUCAUACCCCCAAGACAUACUAAUCUCUCACCAUUACAAUAACAUAAUUUGUAAGUCGCUCUGGAUAAGAGCGUCUGCUAAAUGACGUAAAUGUAAAUGUAAUAAUAAUGGGGGGUAUGAUAUUUGUCCCAAUACUUUUGGUCCCCUAAAAUGGUAGGACUAUGUACAAAAAGUGCUCUAAUUUCUAAACGGUUCACCCGAUAUGGAUGAAAAUACCCUCAAAAUACCCGCACGUUAACCUCAUAGUCAUUGUAUCAUUCCAAUUGCUGAAGUACAGAGCCAAAACAACAAAACAUUAGUCACUGUCCCAAUACUUUUGGACCUCACUGUAUGACUCACCUUUAUGUACUGUAUCAUUGCUACACAGGCACAUACAGUUCCUAAUUGUGUGUGUGUGUGUUUCUGUAGUAUGAUGUGCAAGGAGACUGGAAAAUCAAUGGAGCGGGCUUCCACCACAGUCACCAGCACGGCUUCGGCCUGCUCAAUGCCUGGAGGCUGGUCAACGCUGCCAAGGUACCACCUCACGUCACCCAUUCCCUUCCUAAUGUCUCAGCAGCACGUUCAUGUCAAGCUUAACCAACUACACUACAGAUACAGUUAGGAGUGGUAGGGAUUCUCUUUCAGCUGCUCAUUAAAGAAAACCUGGAAGGUAUACAUGUGAAAAGUCUGUUGUUUUUGUGCGUGUGUGUGUGUAUUAAUCAGGUGUGGGAGAUGGUGCCGUUCCUAGUGUCCUAUCAGAGCCCAGUGCUGAAGGAGGAGGAGCUUAUCCCAGCCUAUCCGGAGCAACUCAACCUAACCUGGAACGGUUGGUAGUGUGUGUGUGUGUGUGUGUGUGUGUGUGUGUGGUAUGUGUGAGUGAGAGAGAGAGAAUGAGCAAGCAAGUCUUGUAAUAUGCAAGUCUGAGUAUUUGCUGUUUCUCUUCUCUCUGUCAGUGUUCUCCUGAGAGACCCACCCAACAGGCAAUCAGUAGUCUGCCCUUAUUAGGCAAUGUUCUUCAGAGUCUCCCUGUCACUGGGCACACUAACUAAACUAUGGAGUAGAGAACACAUCCCUACGUUCCCUCCCCUCCCCUUCCCUCUCUCUCUCUCUCUCUCUCUCUCUCUCUCUCUCUCUCUCUCUCUCUCUCUCUCUCUCUCUCUCUCUCUCUCUCUCUCUCUCUCUCUCUCUCUCCCUCUCUGACACACACACAGUGACCUCAUCAGAGCAGAGAUAUCUGUAUUCGUUCCUCCUCCCUCCCUCUCUCUUCUUCCCUCCUGGCCCAGCGUAUGCAGCCUGUGUGUUGCCUGUUCUGUGGUCAGGAGCAGAGCCAGAAGCAGUGUGUUUCCCUGCUGCAGCACAGCCGUGUGUGUCCAGUCUCACGUGACUAGGGUUUCUAAGGACAAAGCAGAGGAAGAGUUGCUGACAAAGGCUAAAUGUUUUAGUCCAAGUGAAAUGUGUUUUGAAUUAAUGAAAUUCGAGAUUUAAAUCGACUUUGUAUUUAUACAUGGAAAUUCUAUUUACAUGAAUUGAAAAUAAGCUUGUGUUGGUUAUUCCCAACGAUACAUGAAGCAGGUGGUUGUGUUAAACCACUCUAUCGCUAGGCUAUUUGUUGUCCUUGUUGCUAUGUGUUUUGGCCGGUCUGUUAGCUUAAGGUCCAGCGGUUAGUAUGAGCACUAUUUUCUUCCCAUGUGAAAAGGGAAGACUAGAGUGUUCAGUCCCAAACGUUGGAUUCCCCAAAGAUAGGGGUGUGUUGUUAUUGAAAAUAAAAACAGUUGUUCAAAGUGCAAAAAGUAGAAAAUGUCUAAGAUGUUUGCGCUAAAUGUCAGGAGAGGAAUGUAUGGGGUACAUGCCAGGCCAGCGUUGAUUACAACCUCUGGCAUUCAAACUGUGCAUCCCAAAUGGCACUCCUUUUUAUAGUGCAUUGCUUUUGACCCGGGCUCAUAGGGCUCUGAUCAAAAGUAAUGCAAAUAUGUAGGGUUAGGGUGCCAUUUGGGAUGCAGACAAAUCACUGGCUUAUUUAUCUUCCCUUGUUCCGUGUGUGUGUGUGUGUGUGUGUGUGUGUGUGUGUGUGUGUGUGUGUGUGUGUGUGUGUGUGUGUGUGUGUGUGUGUGUGUGUGUGUGUGUGUGUGUGUGUGUGUGUGUGUGUGUGUGUGUGUGUGUGUGUGUGUGUGUGUGUGUGUGUGUGUGUGUGUGUGUGUGUGUGUGUGUCAGAGAGGGAGAGAAUAAUGCACACAGAGCAUAGCCAGAGCCUUUGACGUGAUAUUUAAGAUCCAUUUACCGCCAUUGUAUUGAUUUUGCUUUACUGAGUCGAUUAUGCAGACCUAGAUAUUAGUGAAAAAGAUGAUAUCAUUUCAGAGCUGGAGCAUUUGGGAUGCAACACGUUUGUGCUUGAUUUAAUAUAUAACUUGUAUGAAAAGGCAGUAACGCACUCUUAAGACCCAUCAGUCGUGAUUAUGUGGAUGAAGAGUGAGAUUCUCAUCAAAGGUCACUGUCUGUGUGGGAGGGUCUCUGAGGAACUCUUACGAGUCGACUCCUGUACGUUUGGAAGAAGAUGGCUGGACUCCAAGAAGUCCUUUUCCCCCUCCCUCCCUCCCUCCCUCCCUCCCUCCCUCCAUCCUACUCUACCCAUAUACACUCUACCCCUCUCUCUGCCCCCCUUCACCCCCAGUAUCUCUCCCUCCACACCUUUGUAUAUCCCUCUCUCUUCCUCUCCUUCCUUGGCCUGGGGAAGGGUUUUUCCCUACAUGGUAAUGGAGCAUUAAGGCCCAUUAGCAAACAGGGGAUGAGGGAAAUGCCAUUGAAUUACAGUACGCUGCUGCUGCAGGUCAGGAAUCCAGAGAGGAAGGGAGGAGGGUGACUCCGCUGUGAGGGACUACAAGUCUACAGUAUUCCUCUGGGGUGGGUGGGUAGGUGGGUGGGUGGGUAGGUGGGUGGGUGGGUGGGUGGGUGGGUAGGUGGGUGGGUAGGUGGGUGGGUGUGCACGUUUUACUAUACAAUGAAGAACAAGAAUUGGCUGUAGAAUAUCAGCAAGAGGGCCAUUGCACAGUGGAUGGUGUAGUGAAACUGUUGAAGGCUUCGGGGGGAGAUUUUGGUGUAAAAUGAGACCAUUCAGACAGCAGUCAUCAAGUUCACAAAAUGUAUUUGAAUGUCUGAACAGGCACCUGAUACAAUUGCUAAGACAAUAUAUAGUCAUUCUGAAUGAAGAAGACAUGCAUCAUUACAGACAUUGGGUAAUAUGAGACUGAUGACACUUUCAACAACUUUCAAUUAAACAUGAGUACAGUGAUGCAACAUGACCUUGAACAGAGGCAAAAACAAGAUUGCAGGUGUCUGGGAAUGUCUGAGGAGUGCCUGGAGCAGAUGUAUAUACAAAGUUCUUAACUCAGUGAGAAAAUACAAGAUUCACACUAAAUGUAAUGUCCUUAUAUGGCCUUUAAUUAAGAUUGGACCUAUUGGCUACAAGAGUAAAGUUCAAUCACGUCGACCCUUCACUGUUAUAUGUAGUUUUCAUAGGCUCAUCUGCUCUCCCCCUCACUCUGCCAUUCCUAUAGAAGGACAUUAGUCAUUUAUUAGGAUCUCUGUGCUCCUCUCACCCCAGUCACUGCAGCUGACCUCAGACAGUCCGGGAUGCAGACCUUGGAGCACGUGUCUGUCACCUUGACGCUGGCCCAUUCUCGCCGCGGCAACGUGGAGAUUGUGCUGCUCUGCCCCAGUGGCAUGUCCUCACUCAUCGGGGCGCGCCGUGCUCUGGACACGUGAGUUUGCGCACGCACGCACACACAAAAACCAAAUGAAAGCUUAUUGGUCGCUUACAGAUUUGCAUAUGUUAUCGCAGGUGCAGCGAAAUGCUUGUUUCUAUCUCCAGCAGUGCAGUAAUAACAGUACACAGAUACACUAUAUAUACCAAAGUAUGUUGACACACCUUUUAAAUUAGUGGAUUUGACUAUUUCAGCCACACCCGUUGCUGACAGGUGUAUAAAAUUGAGCACACAGCCAUGCAAUCUCCAUAGCCAAAUAUUGGCAGUAGAAUGGCCUUACUGAAGACCUCAGUGACUUUCACGUGGCACCGUCAUAGGGUGCCACCUUUCCAACAAAUAUCUGCUUUGCUAGAGCUGCCCCGGUCAACUGUAAGUGCUGUUAUUGUGAGGUGGAAACGUCUAGGAGCAACAACGGCUCAGCCGUGACGUGGUAGGCCACACAAGCUCACAGAACGGGGCCGCCGAGUGCUGAAGCGCGUAGCACGUAAAAAUCAUCUGUCCUCUGUUGCAACACUCACUACCGGGUUCCAAACUGCCUCUGGAAGCAACGUCAACACAAGAACUGUUCGUUGGGAGCUUCAUGAAAUGGGUUUCCAUGGCCACAAACAAGCCUAAGAUCACCAUGCGCAAUGCCAAGCGUUAGCUGGAGUGGUGUAAAGCUUGCCGCCAUUGGACUCUGGAGCAGUGGAAACGCGUUCUCUGGAGUGAUGAAUCACUGUUCACCAUCUGGCAGUCCCAAGGACGAAUCUGUGUUUGGCGGAUGCCAAGGUGAACGCUACCUGCCCGAAUGCGUAGUGCCAACUGUAAAGUUUGGUGGCUGUUUUUCAUGCAUUGUGCUAGGCCCCUUAGUUCCAGUGAAGGGAAAUCUUAACGCUACAGCAUACAAUGACAUUGUGGCAACAGUUUGGGGAAGGCCCUUUCCUGUUUCAGCAUGACAAUGCCCCCAUGCACAAAGCGAGGUCCAUACAGAAAUGAUUUUUCGAGAUCGGUGUGGAAGAACUUGACUGGCCUGCACAGAACCCUGACCUCAACCCCAUCGAACAACUUUGGGAUGAAUUGGAACACCGAUUGCGAGCCAGGCCUAAUUGCCCAACAUCAGUGCCCGACCUCACUAAUGCUCUUGUGGCUGAAUGGAAGCAAGUCCCCGCAGCAAUGUUCCAACAUCUAGUGGAAAACCUUCCCAGAAGAGUGGAGGCUGUUAUAGCAGCAAAGGGGGGACCAACUCCAUAUUAAUGCCCAUGAUUUUGGAAUGAGAUGUUCGACAAGAAGGUGUCCACAUACUUUUGGUAAUGUAGUGUAUGUACACGCUGAUUUUAGUUUUACAUGUAUUCACUUACUCUAAAAAAUGUGUACAACAUAUAACACUCACCCCCAUUUUUUGACAUCCUUACCUCUGUGCUGUUGUGUGUUACUCCAGGGAUACCUCAGGUUACUCUGACUGGACGUUCUCCACUGUGCGCUGCUGGGGCGAGAGAGCCGAGGGCCAGUACAGGCUGCAAGUCUCUGACCACAGUAAGGGCUAGUCUUUGUCUGUCUGUGUCUGUCUGUCAUUCACCUGCCUGCCACUGACCACUACAUGACCCCAGCUACAGUAUGAGCUCUCUCCUGCUCAUUUAUUCAUCAUCAUCUCUCCCCCCCCCUCUCUGUCUUUCUGUCUUUCUGUCUUUCUUUCUUUCUUUCUUUCUUUCUUUCUUUCUUUCUUUCUUUCUUUCUUUCUUUCUUUCUUUCUUUCUUUCUUUCUUUCUUUCUUUCAGAAGAGCCUGCGUUGCCGCUGGGCUCUCUGAAGCACUGGAAGCUCACUCUGUACGGCUCCUCUCUGUCCUUCGAAGAGGUCAAGGAGAGACAGAGGUCAGGUGAAACACAUCACUGUUAAAACAGCAGCCUGGGUUAUAUAAAUAGAAAAUAUGUAUCAAUUAUAUUAUUAUGUGUUUCUGGAUCAUCUAUUUUUAAAGGAAAAUGAUGGUUUGUCAUUGGUGCUCCCUUUGUGGAUGUGAGCAUUGAUUGGUUGUGUGAUUUGAUUGACAGUGUGGUGGAGGAGGCUAUGGGAGGGCAGUAUCUGGACAGCAGUUUCUCCCUGCCUUGUCAUGCAGGCAUGGACAUUCCCCCUGAGAUUGUCAGCCCUUUCACCUCCAACAGCCUCAAGGUAUGUUACACACACACACACACACACACACACACACACACACACACAACAAAUAAAUAAAUAUGCCUCAUUUAGUAAUUUCUUCCCCUCUCCCCCAUCACCAUGUCUCUGUGUAGUCUCUGCUACUGCUGGGCUGCUUCGCUCUCUUCUGGUCCCUGUACUACACCCUGGAGGUGACCCUGGCCAAACCUGGACUUUAGGGGGUUGUGUCGGCAGGGCAGGGGGGCGCGGGGCUCCCGCGGGGGCCUGGGGAGGGGCUCUGGAACUCUGGGGGACAGCUCUGAGCUGGAGAUGCAGAGUGUGUUGGACUUAGAGGACAAGGUACCCUUUAUCACUAGAGACGCUGCCACAUAA